ACAGGAAAAAAGGUGGUCCCACUCCGAAAACACCGUUUCCAAGCAGGCGGUCUCAAUUUCAUACUUUUCUUUUCGUAUCGCCUCGUUUCCGAAGUGAUACAAACACUUUAACAACCCUUAUUUUGGACUGAAUAUCUUUGUUUUAGCAAAUACUAAAGGGAUGCUGUUUUUAACCGAAUUAAAGUUUUAGAAAUGCGGUGAAGUGAAGGGAAGAGCUGUAACUGGGGUGAGGAGGCUGGCGCUGGGAAUCUUGCCUUUUUACUCCCACCAUCGCCAAUAAGAAAAUACACUGUUAAGAUUAUUAUCCAUAAAUUUCUCAUUGAUUGGAGUUCAGUUAAUUCUGGAGUAUUGAUUGGAGAGGUUACUAUAGUGUUUGACUGGACGUGUCCUCUCGUGGCAUUUGCCGGUGUGGCACUGCACCGUGCACCGUUUGGAUGUUGCCUGGGAGAUGAGGAUGUGCUGCUGGCACCAGGAAGGUCGGAAUUUGAUGUGAUGGGGUGCAGGACAAGCAAAGUCCUCCCAGAACCACCCAGUGACGUCAAACUUGACCUGGUCAAAAAGGUAGAGCCGCAUCAGACGGAUGUCUACAAAAACUUCAUCAAAUACGAUGGUGGUGGGGAGAAAACAGGCUCGCCGUCCCCUCAGGGUCAAAGCCAGGCUGUUGCAAAGGUGAGCCAAUCCCCUCCACCGGCUAAUGACCAGCCAGAACCUGCUGACUCACACCGGAAGAAAGUAGCCAAAUACAGAGCCAAAUUUGACCCUCGAGUGACUGCCAAGUAUGACAUUAAAGCUUUGAUAGGUCGGGGCAGUUUCAGUCGGGUAGUACGAGUGGAACACAGGAGCACACGGCAGCCAUACGCCAUUAAGAUGAUUGAGACGCGCUACCGUGAAGGCAGAGAAGUAUGUGAAUCUGAACUUUGCGUCCUACGACGUGUGCGCCACACUAAUAUUAUCCAGCUAAUGGAGGUGUUUGAGACGGCUGAGCGGGUCUACAUGGUGAUGGAGUUGGCCACUGGUGGAGAGCUGUUCGACCGCAUCAUCACCCGUGGGUCUUUCACAGAAAGGGACGCCACACGGGUGCUUCAGAUGGUUCUUGAUGGGGUGAAGUACCUCCAUACAUUGGGCAUCACGCACAGGGACUUAAAGCCGGAAAACUUGCUUUACUACCAUCCUGGUGCUGAUUCCAAGAUUAUGAUCACAGACUUUGGCUUGGCCAGCACACGAAAGAAAGGGGACGAAUGUUUGAUGAAGACUACCUGUGGAACACCUGAGUACAUCGCUCCCGAGAUACUCGUUCGCAAACCAUACACUAAUGCAGUAGAUAUGUGGGCACUGGGUGUCAUUUCCUACAUCCUGCUCAGUGGAACCAUGCCUUUUGAGGAUGACAAUCGAAUGCGUCUGUAUCGACAGAUCCUCAAAGGAAAAUACAGCUUCUCUGGGGAGCCAUGGCCAAGUGUUUCCAAUCUGGCAAAGGACUUCAUCGAUCGCGUCCUCACGGUGGAUCCUAAUGAGCGGCUCUCUGCAGGCCAGGCACUCAAACACCCCUGGAUUGUAAGUAUGGCAGCUUCCUCCUCCAUGAAGAAUCUGCACCGGUCCAUUUCCCAGAAUCUCCUGAAGAGAGCUUCGUCACGCUGCCACAGCACAAAAUCAUCCCAGUCCACUCGCUCCAGCCGCUCCACCAAGUCCAGCAAGGCACGACGCCUUCGUGAAAAAGAGCUGCGAGAGCUGAACCGCCGGUACCAGCAGCAGUGCAAUGGUUAAGAGGAAAUAAGACAGCUUUUACUUUAGGAAAAACAGUGGAGAGAGCGGAACAACUUCCUGCUCCGUCACCACAGAGCCAAUUAGCAGAAAGCCUCCUUCUAAAACUUCCCUCGUUUUCUAUUUUUCUGCUGUCUCUUUCUUGUUUAUUACCUUUUAUGUGAGUGUUUUAUUUAUUUAUUGCUGGUGUAUUUUCAUGUUCGUAUUGUCCUUGAAAAUUAUCUCAUUCAGCAUUUUACAUGAUUGUAUCUGUUGAACAGAAUUUUACAAACGUCGCUGGAAGGACUAAGAAUAUACCUUCCUGAUUUUGCUGUGAAUUAUUUUGUUAUGGUACCCAGUCAGAAGAUCGCUCUUCUGAUGGGGGAAAUGUGCUGUUUAUUCCUUAUUACCAACAAAUCACUAGACAUAUUGGUAGUUUUUUUCUUACCUUAACGUUACUUUGAACAUGAGGGACGGUUAGGAUACAACCAUUGGUAACUGCAGGUUACAUUUAGAAUCAGUCUGCUGUUUAAAUAUAAUAAUGAGCCUUGAUGGGAUAGAUUGGCAAAAAAUGGAAAUGUCUCUAUCAUUUACUCAUUUGCCGUACUUUGUUCCAGUUUUGCAAAAGUGGCCUUAAUGAACCAUUUCGACACAAAAAUCUUCAUUUUGUAAUCUUGUUUUGCCUCGGAAAUAUGUUAAGAACAUUUUUUUUUUUAAUAUUUUGGGACACUUUGAUAACUACAGAGACAAUAGCCAUGCUUUUGGUCUUCUCGCAUUCUCUCUCAUAUAAGCUUGUCUUGGACUAUUAGUAUUUCUCUUUUUGGUUAAAUUUAUUAGGUAAAUUAUUGUAAAGUCUGUGAAACAUUCUUUUGUCAAAGAGUAGUUAAAAACAACUAAAUUUGAAGUUACUUGAGGGUCCAUAUGUGAGUGUUAAGGCUGCCAUACAUUAUUUAUGUUAUUUCUACAAUAAUAACUAAAAUAAUCAAAAAGGAUGUUUGAAAGACCCCUAUGUACAUUUGCAGCCCUUUUUUCCUUUCUAAUAGGAAAGUUAAAUGCGUUAAAUGCUCAUUAAACCAAGUUAAACAGGUUUGGAACAGUAUGAAGCUGAGUAAAUGAUUACAUGAAAAAUGGCAGUUAAUUUUCUCAACCCUAGGCUAUUCAAGAUGUACUAUGACUUUUCUUUGGUAGAAAUACAAUACCUGUGGUUCCUGAUGAUGCAUAGAGAUUUUGUGGAGCAAAACUAUUCACAACAUUACAUUACAUUGCAUUAUACCAUGUGGGUGCAAACUCCAAUGUGAGCCAAUGUUGUGUGUUUACAAUGGAAAAGGAGGACAUGUAUUGUGUUGUUCAUCAAAUUGGUCCACGAUUUUGCUUAACCUGGAUGCUGCAACCACCAUAAAAUAGUAAGAUUGGUGUAUCAUUAGUGAGACACCAAUCACUAUAAUAGUAUAUAAUAGUGUUUAACAGUUUACCAAGGACCACGAUUUAAGCUAAAGAUAAUAUUUAAUGUUCUAACAAAGAAAAAAAAAA